GUGCGCUGGCGCAUACUUCGUCGCGUACGUCAUUGGUCUAGGUCGCCUACCGAUCCGAGCCCCGGAUUCCAGUUGGAAACCGAGCUCUAGACAGCCAAGGAACAAAUGACUUAGCUUGAGAUUUAGGCUCGUAUUUAUGUGUCCAUUUUUUUCGAUGCAGCGGAACCGACCAUCAUUCGCGGCAUCACUUAAAUCUCAGCAGCAUUUAAAGCUGUUGUCUUCACCCGAACAUCUUCUACCGCGACUUACGUUCUGGCUGUGCCUAGAACAUAUCAAAUCGCCAUGAUUCUUUCAUUGGCCAACGAGCUAUUGCACAGGAUCGUGUCUUGGCUCGAGCUGGAUGAUCUGAAGCGCACCAGAUUCACCUGCAAACAUCUGAACUACAUCGUCACACCUCUCGUCCUCGAGCACGUAGCACUCAACCUCAACGAUGAGAUGCUCUUUCCCGUGUCGAUGUCACUCCUGCAGUCGCUAGGAUCCCGAAAGGACAACCCUGGACGAUAUAUCAAAUCCCUCCGUAUCAACUCUUCGUUUGACCCGCCGUACGGCAGAUACAUUGGAUUUUGGGACAAGGUGGCAAACAGGAGGGCUCGUGUGACGAGUCUCAUUGCGACGCGCCUUCUUGAAGCUAUUCCUUCUCUGGUGUGUCUGAGGUCAUUACACUUCCUGGGUUUCCACCAGGGCGGUUUUAGCACGCUCGAGGUGGACGCUGUUAUGCGUCAGUUCAGCAAACUCCCUCAUCUGUCCACGAUCAGCAUCAUUCUUCACACCGAUACGGUCCACGAAUCCUUCUUUUCUCAUUUCCACAACCUUCGCGACAUUACGUUCAAUGGCCACCGCGUAUUAGACGUAAUCCCAUCCCUCAUUGCCAGCAGCCCCGAUAUUUAUCGUUUGGAUCUUGUUAACUUCAGUGCAUCAAACGCAGUGUUCCCUUCGGUUCGGGAUAUAUUUUCCUCGCUACCGCCUGCGACAUGCCGGCCGGUAGAGCAUUUAUCCAUCGAAGGACAGUUCAUGCUUCCACCUUCCGACGUCACGUUCCUCAUUCCUCAUCUUCGACUUCUCGCCUCGCUCCAAAUCCACAUCGCGAACGUACCGGAACAGCUCUGGACAGCUCUACGCACUGAAAAUAUCUUUCUACACCAUAUUUCCGUUGUCAUGAUCAACGACGCACUCGUGGAGUAUCUUGGCUCGUAUUCGGGUAUAAUGACACUGUCGCUUACGCCUACUCAGCCAGACAGCGACGCGCGUGCGCAGAGAUUCUGGAAAACUGUUCUUCCUAAGCACGUGAGAACGAUGAAGGAGCUAUUUGUCCAUCCUAAUACUGCGGGGGAAUGGUGUCUCAAUGAUGGAGCGCUCCGCAUCUUGACACAGUGCAAGAAUCUCGAGAUCCUUCGUGUGAUCGUCGAUCAGGAUCGAGUGGAUGUCAAAGGGCCAGAUAAUAUUAUCACGCGACUCUUGGAAUGCCUCCGACCAUGGGAACACCUGCAGAGCCUAUCCAUUCUCUCCGCGCACAACCCUAACGAUUUCGGCGGAUCUGCUCUGUUGCCAUCGUACAGGAUCUGCCAACGAAUCCAGAAGCUAAUUACUGAAUAUCAAUGCUGCCGUCCGACAGAGGGUAUGCUUCGACUGGCGGUGGCGACGGAUUAUGCUGAGAGUGUCCUGGUCAGGCGAGAGCUUGAAAUAGACGUGUUCUCGUUCCUGGCGACGCAGUCGUGGGGAAUAGGGAGUUGUUGAGCGGAGAACCGAGAAGUGGACCUAAUAAUAUGUAUUCUACAGACCUUUGAUUGGUUAGAAAAGCUUCCGGAUUUUCCCGCCUCUUUUUUCUUCGGGGGCCGACUCCGUCCGAUCACCAAGCCUGCGCCACUGGCGCGUGUCUGGACCGUGGUUGAGCCUAGAACAUCGUUGCGACCUGAUACCCACCCUCCCCUCCACAUAUCUAAUUUCUUCCCUGAAUUAUCGCGAG